CAAACUUCUUUGGAAGUGGAAGCGAUUCGGCAGGAGGUAGACUUGCUCAGCCGAAGGUGGAGAAGCACCCGGCAGAAGUGGUCCUGAGCGCUUUUCUUCUUGUCUUCUCCUGGGCAAGCUGGACUUGGGGCCUGGGAGAAGAUCUACAGGGCUGGAAAAGCUGGUUCCUCUGGUUGGUUGGUUGGUUGGUUGGUUGGCAGGCAGGCAGGAAGACAAGGCCUUGCGUUCCUCAGGGUCCUCUACCUUGCUAGAGUGUCUGGGGAUAAGGCCCUCUUGUGAAACAAAGCUAGUCUUGGACCCCGCUGGAGUCUGGAAUGGGACAUGUGCUCCUCUUCUUCCUGGCCUUUGCCUUUGUCCACCGAGAUCUGGUCAAUUCACAGCAGUGCUCCUCAGAAGGAAACCACCUCUUGGCCCUCCAGUUUGCCGAUGUGGGUGCUGAUCAGCGUAUUCCUGCUCAACACCAACCUCCUGGGCCUCUGGAUCCCCUCUAUCGCCUUGUCCACAGUUACCUGGAUGUGGUCCAACAGAACCCUUUCCCCACAGAGCUGUUGAAGGAUGUCCUGAAUGAGCCACCAACUGCUACAACUUCUCAGAUCCUUCGAUACCAGGCAGGCUAUGUUGUUUGCGCUGCAAUUGCGGUUCUCUAUUUUGUGACCGUGCCCCUGGUCGGACUGAGCCUUUGCUGCUUCCAGAAAAACCGGCGCUGCGGUGGACGGAUCAAGGCCUACCGUCGCUCUCUGCUCUGCCAACGGAACCUUCUCAUGGUCUGUCUGCUCUUCACCACCCUCAUCAUCCUGGGUUGUGUUAUUUGUGCUUUUGCUGCCAACCAAAAGGUGAAAGAGGAGGUGGAUCCUGGAGCCCGAGAUACCCUCAACACCCUGAGGACAUUGAGGAACCAUCUGAACGGGAUUCCUCGAGGGCUUCGACUGACAGUGGAGCAGUUUAAAGUCCCCCAAAGGCAGAUUCUCGGUGACCUGAACAGUAUCAGCUGGAACAUUGGCAGCACAAUUCACUUCCUGCUGAAGGAAACCGUGUCUUCUGCUAUGGCUGCCAUUAAGGGCAGGGUGCAAGACCUAGAGAACUCCCUGCACCACUUACGUACGGUUCACAGGACCGUCCAGGCCCUGAUCCGGGACCAGGAUGAGCUGGCAUCGGCGCUGAAGGAUCAGAAGCGAAGUCUCACCUCCCUCCUGGAAGAGCCACGUUGCAACUACUGCACGGGGGCCCUUAGCAGAGCACAGGAUUUGAAGUUGGGGGCUGACUUCCAAAAUGUGCCUUCUGUUGAAAGAGUUCUGAAAAAUUUGCAUGGGCUGCCUCAGACAAAUUUCUCUCAAAUGAUUCACAAAGCCAACAGCAGUUUCAAUGCAAUUCCACAGUUUACGGUAUUGAAAAUGGAUAAAGUUCUUCAAGAGCUGAAGAAGGACAUUGAGGGAGCUGCCCAAAAAAUCCAGUUGGUUGCAGAUGACUUCCCCAUCUCUGACCAAACCCGUCCCAUGAGCGAGGCCUUGGCGAAGGCAGAGAACGUUAGCCGACCUUUCCUGAAGGAGGUGAAGCGUUUCGAGACAUACAGGUGGAUUGUAGGUACAAUUGCAUGCACAGUUAUCCUGCUGAUUGUCUUCUGUAACGUUCUGGGCCUUUCCUUUGGCACUUACGGGUUGGUGGUGCGAGACGAUCCCAGUGACUACGAGAUCCGGGCUGAAGCUGGAGCCAAAUUUCUCAUCACCGGUAUCACCUUCAGCUUCCUCUUCUCCUGGAUUCUGAUUGUCUUGGUCGCCGGCACCUUUCUGAUUGGGGGAAACAUCCAAACGUUGGUGUGCAAACCUUGGAUCAAUCAAGAGAUAUACAGAUUUAUUGACACCCCUGGCAACCUCCCACCUUCCAUGAAUGUUUCUCAAUAUCUUGGCUUAAAGCAGAAUCUCAACCUCACAUCGGCGUAUCAGCAGUGCAAGAACGGUGCAGGCCUCUGGGAAGUUCUGCAACUGAAGGACCAGUACAGCCUCAGCGAGCAUCUCAACGUUGCCAAGUACACGGCAGAGUUUCAGGAACGCCUCCGGGCCAUCAACCUCCCCUUUGAAGAGAUUGUUUUGUUGACUGCAGAGGGGAGGCAAGACUUGGAGACCUUCAGAAAGAGCCAGGUGGACUCGAUCAACUACGCUGACUUCACGGCAGAGAUGCGCAACCCUCUGGUGAGGACCAACGUGGAAGGCCUGGCAGUAGAUCUUGAAAGGCUGAGGGACGUUCAGAGCGACAGAACUCUGGCAGAACGACUGGUGGAGGAAGCCCAGAAGCUCAGAAGGAUCCAGAACCAGGUGGUCCUCCCAAUGGAGACCCUCUUGGCACAACUGAGAGAAAGUGUCCAGUUUUUAGCAACCAUGUCACCUAGUUUCCAGGCUCAGUUCAACAAUACCGAGUCCCAGAUCAUCCUUGUGGAGGCCAUUCUUCCCUCACAGACAAAGAAGAUUCUCAGACAGGAGUUGGACUGUUUUGCAAGGAAGGAGUUGGGAUUUAUCUCCCAGUACCUGAACUGGAUGAGGAGUACGCUGACUGAGGAUGUGGCUUCCUGCCAGCCCUUUUCCAUCGCUCUGGACAAUAGCCGGGUGAUCUUGUGCAAUCGCGUUAUGGAUCCUUGGAAUGCCUUUUGGUUCAGCCUGGGAGGAUGUGCCUUUUUCCUGCUGCCGGGUUUGUUCCUCGCCUUCAAGAUGAUGAAGCAUUUUCGUCCAAUUCGGCACAAAUUAGUCUCUACUGGAUCGGAUGAAACGUUUCCCUUCCACAUCCCACGGGUGACGUCUCUGCGGCUGUAAGACCCUCCCUGACCUUCCCUUCAGGAUAACCAGGUGAGGGGAUCGAAGGCUGCUCCUUCCAGGAAGUGCUCUUGGCUUGGUCUUUCCAAAAAAACCAACAACCUCCAGAACUGCAGAAUUGUCAGCGCAUUGAUGGGCAGGACUGUUUCCUGGAGACCGUUGCCGAAGUCCCAACGCCCAAUGACCCUUGCUGAAAUUAUUAAAAGGAGUUUCUGGUUAACGACGCUGCAGACACAGGUUGAGUUUGAAGUCUGAAUGGCCCCAAAACUUGUAAAACCAAAACCAAAACCUGGAUAUCGGGAUUUAAAUGCUACUCAUCUCCUAGUGCUGUUAUGUUUUGUUUUGUUUUUAAAUUGAUAUAGGUAGUCCUGGACUUAUGACCACAAUUGAGCCCAACGUUUCUGUUGCUGAGUGAGACAUUUGUUAAGUUGCCCCCUGUUACAACUUUUCUUGCCUCCGUCAUUAAGUGAAUCGGUGAAGUUAAUAAGUGAGUAACCCGGUUGUUAAGUGGAUCGAGCUCCCCCCUUGACUUUGCUUGUCAGAAGGCCGUAGAAAGGGGAUCGCGUGACCCCGGGACGCUGCAACCGUCAUAAGUAUGAGUCAAUUGCCAGGCAUCUGAGUUUUGAUCACGUGACCCUGGGGAUGCCACAAAGGUCGUAACUGUGAAAAAACGUUCAUAAGUCCUAUUUUUCACUGCUGUUGUAACUUUAAACGGUCACUAAAUGAAUUGUUAUAAGUCAAGGACUACCUGUAUUGUAUUUCUGUUAUUUUAUGUGACUAUGAUAGCUCUGGUGUUGGCUAUGAGGUUGCUGUUGUUUUUUGUCCACCAUUCAGGUCACCUUGAAGCGGUUUAUAAAUUCAUAAAUAACAAGGAAA